UUCCUAUGGCAGACUCUAUGUUUUGUUGCCUGGUACUGUUCUUUUUGUGUGUGUGUGUGUUUGCAAGUAAUUAUGUCUGGACGCGGUAAGCAGGGCGGCAAGGCUCGCGCCAAAGCCAAGACGCGGUCGUCCCGCGCCGGGCUCCAGUUCCCCGUGGGCCGCGUACACCGCCUGCUCCGUAAGGGUAACUACGCCGAGCGCGUGGGCGCCGGCGCCCCAGUCUACCUGGCGGCGGUGCUGGAGUAUCUUACGGCCGAGAUCCUGGAGCUGGCGGGCAACGCGGCGCGCGACAACAAAAAGACGCGCAUCAUCCCGCGCCACCUGCAGCUGGCCAUCCGCAACGACGAAGAGCUCAACAAGCUGCUGGGCAAGGUGACGAUCGCGCAGGGCGGCGUGCUGCCCAACAUCCAGGCCGUGCUGCUGCCCAAGAAGACCGAGAGCCACCACAAGGCUAAAGGGAAAUAAUAAGUUCAUGCUGCUUAUAUUCCAUGAGUGACAAAUCAUCCUAAUAACAAAUCAAAGGCUCUUUUCAGAGCCAAUAAC